AUGGAGAAAAAACAAUGCUUGGAAUGCAAGAAUGAUAUCAACGAUAUCGAACCGCUGCGCUGCGGAUUUUGUGAUGGCUAUAUGCAUAUUAGUCAAACCUGCUGCGGCAUUAACUCACGCGGAUUAAAGGAACCAUUCGCACAGGGGAAGCUUAUGCUGUUAUGUACUGCUUGCAAAAACGAAUUGAAUGGUCGCAGCAUUCGUGUAUAUAUUGCAGACAUUCAACAUGGGUCACCAAAUAUGCCAAACGUGCCUGUCUCGACUGAACUGCCAGUCAAAGUUCAACAACUUUCUGACAUCGUAGAAUCGCUGAGUAAAAAAAUAGAUAAUUUAACAUCAACAAAUCAACUGCAUCUCGAUUGGCCUGUGCCUACUCCUAAAACGCCUGCUUGGACCAACCGUUCGGCUAAACGGCGGCGUACUGAUGAAAAUGCCAUCGUUGAUGCCCCUGCUGAUGUUGGAACGAACAUUGUUGAUCUGAGUGAUCUCCCGGUUCCCUCUAUUGCGCCAAAAGCAAACAAAUUUUGGCUGUAUCUUUCACGCUUAAAUCCAGUUUUGACCGAUUGUGAUGUACAGAAAAUUUCUCGUUGUUUGAACAUUACCGAUCCGGUUGAUGCAGUGCGGCUUGUCCCUAAGGGGAAAGACGUUGCCAACAUGUCCUUUAUAUCCUACAAAAUUGGAUUGGAUCCUGAUAUGAAGUCUCAGGCACUCGACCCUUCCUCGUGGCCAGUAGGAAUGCUGUUUCGUGAAUUUUUUGAUCGUCCAAAAAACUUAAAUCGUCUGACCAUCCCUCCCCCGCCAGAGAGAAUGGAGUGA